GCCAGCCCUGCCGCGGCUUCCGGUGCCCGUGGGGUGGCGGACUGGUUUGCGGUGCAGAAAAAAAGAAAAAAGGAAGAAAGCAAAGGAAAAAAAAGAGUGCCACAGUCUCACUAACAGAAUUCUCCUUACUCCUUUGGUGAAAACUGAUACAAGAUGGCCACAAAUAAGCCCAAGGGUCAGAAUUCUUUGGCCUUACACAAAGUCAUCAUGGUGGGCAGUGGUGGUGUUGGCAAGUCCGCUCUGACUCUGCAGUUCAUGUAUGAUGAGUUUGUGGAGGACUAUGAGCCUACCAAAGCAGACAGCUAUCGGAAAAAGGUGGUGCUGGAUGGGGAGGAAGUGCAGAUCGAUAUAUUGGAUACAGCUGGGCAGGAGGACUACGCUGCCAUUAGAGACAACUACUUCCGGAGCGGGGAAGGUUUCCUCUGUGUGUUCUCUAUUACAGAAAUGGAAUCCUUUGCAGCCACAGCUGACUUCAGGGAGCAGAUUUUAAGAGUAAAAGAAGAUGAGAAUGUUCCGUUUCUGCUGGUUGGUAACAAAUCAGAUUUAGAAGAUAAAAGGCAGGUUUCUGUAGAAGAGGCGAAAACCAGAGCUGAUCAGUGGAAUGUUAACUAUGUGGAAACAUCUGCUAAAACACGAGCUAAUGUUGACAAGGUAUUUUUUGAUUUAAUGAGGGAAAUUCGAGCCAGAAAGAUGGAAGAUAGCAAAGAAAAGAAUGGAAAAAAGAAAAGGAAAAGUUUAGCCAAGAGAAUCAGAGAAAGAUGCUGCAUUUUAUAAUCAAAGCCCAAACUCCUUUCUUAUCUUGACCAUACUAAUAAAUAUAAUUUAUAAGCAUUGCCA